UUUACUCUCCGCGCCACUCUCUUCUUUCCUUCUCUCUUUUUCUUUCUUCGCUCGAGUGCGCGCGCGCGCGCGCGAUACGAUACAUCUUGGGCCCUGCGCGCACCCCCGCGUUACUACUACCACCCGAAGUUUCCCCACGUGUUCCCAGUGUUGUGUGUUUACGCGCCGUUACGGAGUUCGCCGUAAGGCCGUGAGGUUGUCCGCAAUGGAAAAUCAGCUGGUUGGAUAUUUUUACCGGCUGAGCUGAAGUUUCGUGAUACACUGAGGAAAACAAAAUAAUAAUAAUAACUCGCAAACUAAAGUGAAAAAGUGCAAAUCUUCUAUCGUGUUUGAUCCCGUACCAUGUAGAAAUGGGAACGAGCGCUAGUGUGCGUUACUGUGUCGAUGUAAAGUGCAUCGUUGUUGUAGCAUGUGCAUUGGGUGUUGUGUGUCAGCGUGUCACCGGCGACAUCGUCACCGAGAUGCUAAAGCGAAGGCCGCUGAGGUUCUAUCGUUAGGACGACGCUUCGACUAGCCUUCACGGAUGAAAAUGAAUGGAACCGACAAACGCAGGAGCAUCGAUCACAAUUCUGAGGGAUGGAUCGAAAUUAAUCGAUUCUUAUCGACACAAUUACAUCCAUUGACAAUUUGCGUGUUUCGCGAUAAAUGCGAAACGGUUUGUAUAAAAAGAAGCCAAUGUAUUUCUGUGUGUGCGUCAUCGUCCCGUCCCGUUUGCUCGGGACAAAAAAAUGUUUCGCAGAAAAUGUGGGACGAGAAUGUCCAAAAUGAGUUGCACUGGCAACACGUGAGCCGUUCAACAUAGUAUAUAUAUAUAUAUAUAUUUCGCACCGUGUGUGAUAAGACGGAAAUAUAAUUUAUUGUGCGUGCGCGAUCAUAUAUAUACAACAUCAUGGUUACCUUGGACACUGAGCAGAAGCCCGAGAGGCAGCACUGCGGCCGACGCAUGUGCGCCAUUUGCAGACGCAUCAAACGAGAUAAAGCGUUGAAGGUGAAGCUCAUGCUGAGGCGACCCAUCAAUCAGCUGGUUGCGCAAGGCAUCAUGCCACCGUUGAAGACGCCACCGGCGUUUCACGAGCAACGAAAGCAACUGGAGCGGGCAAAAACGGGCGACUUGCUGAAGGCAAAGAUCCAACAGAGACCGGGCAGGGAUGAGCUGGUACGACAACACAUCCUCGAGGAUGUGGGUCAUGUGGAUCCAAGCCUGGCCGAGCGGCAACGGAUGCUGAAGAAGGCCAGACUAGCCGAUCAGCUCAACGAUCAGCUCAGCCAUCGACCCGGACCGCUCGAACUCAUCCAGAAGAACAUCCUUCAUACUGAAGAGCCCAUCGAAAGGGCGGUCAAAGAGGGUCACAUUCCCUUCAAGGCUACCUGCGAGGGACAAGUGACGAAACCCCAACAUCCGGAUCAUUAUAUUACCUUCGAGGAUGACUCCCAGAGUUCAGAAGGCGCACCCUCACCGCAACUGGAAUCGCGAUCGUCGGACGUCUUGGAAACCGCGGCGGCUUCUGCAGGCAUCGUCACGGUUUCCCUCAGCAUACCAACAACCGGUGGCGCCGUUGUAGUCUCGUCCACGUCACCGGUCUUUCAGCAGACGUCCUCGGAGUCAACAAUACAAACCUUCGCCGAGCUUUGCAACAGCGUCGUAGGUACCCAAUCGCAGCCAGGACAGCCGAGUCAACAACACACAUCUACACAGGCUAGCCAGACGAAUGGCCCAUCGACUCUCCUACCAUUGGCGCCGGCGCCGAGUCCUAUGUCUUUGGGCUCGACGACGUCCAGCCUGAGUCCCUUGUCCAACAUCUCGAUAGCGUCGCCUCCGGCACCGCCGCCCGCAGCAAUCACUCCGCGGCCUCAGCCGAGCCCGAUAGCCGCCGCUGCAGCCGCUGCCGCCGCGGCCGCCACCACGUGCCAAAGGAGCGAUGCUCCCGGGAAAGACAAGAACAGAAAGAAGUCGAAGACCAAAAGCCAACCCAAGACCCGCACGAUCAAGUUCCACGAGUACAAAGGUCCGCCAAACGCGCAAAAGACGCCAGUGUCAUCUAGCACUUCCGGUCUCGGUGCCACACCACCCGGUGAAACUAGUUACGAGCUCCUUCUACAGCAACAGCAACUGUUUCUUCAGUGGCAACUCGAAUGGCAGCACAAAUAUCCGCAAAUUAUCUUGCCGGCCGCGCAGAAGCCACCAUUGUCGCUCACAAGCAGCAACGCGAGCGACACUAGUAGUGUAAAUGGGAACGCUACUAGCCCUACUCCUUCCAAUUCCUCAAACAAUCUUUCGGAACAGCCUCUGUUGAGGCCCUUAGGCAAGCUAGAAGAUAUGAAAGUGAGUGAUCUUAAGGUAGAAUUGAAACGACGGAAUCUGCCAGUGUCGGGAUCAAAACCGCAGCUAAUCGAGCGAUUAAAACCCUUCACGGAGUCGUCAACCAGCAACUCAACUUCUAAUUCUAACGGGCCGCACAUAACGCACAUGGGUCACAUUUUGAUGGACACUGGACCUGGUCUAGUAACGACAGACGAAUCCAGCUUUCAAGCCAAAAGUCCGAGUUCUAUUGUGAAAGACGAGCCGAAUAGUCCGCGAACUGCGUCGCCUCACAACAGCGAACACGACGAUCCGUCGAGUCCACCAGUUCGUGUUUCAGGAGAUGAUAUCAUCAAAGUUCAGAGAAAACGGAUAGAGGAAUUACAGCGUGAACUAUACAAGUCACAGCAGCAACUCCAGCAGAUUCGCCAGACACAGCCUGCGACGGUGCGUGCCGAGAAAUUGAUGCUUCAACAACAUAUACAGAACAAAAUGCAGCAACAACAACUGGCGCUACAUUUGCAACAGCUUCAACAUCUGCAGCAGCAGCAACAGCAGCAGCAGCAACAACAACAACAACAACAGCAGCAGCAGCAGCAGCAGCAGCAAAAUCAACAACAAACACAACAGCAACACGCCACAAUUCAGCAACUCAACGCAAAGGCAAGUCUCGCGGCUUUUUUACAAGCGCAACCGAACAAUGCAACCGCCAUUCUUGACUCUGCAACUCUGACCGCGAUCAACAAUAAGAAGAAUCAGUCCAAGAACAGUACCACAGUGCAAAUACCUACGGCAAUCGUUCUAAAUCUGGCAAAACCAACCAAGCUGAACGGUUCGCUGCUCAGUGCUCUUGUAGCACAAGCGCAAGCUCAACAGCAACAACAAACAACUAGUAGCACUAUUUCUGAGGACGUUAAACCGCCGCCACCGCAAUAUGACGAAGCCGCUAAGUUAUUGAAGGUGAAAAUUGAGCCGGUCCAGAAGAGUCAUAUAAAAAGUCAAGUUGUCGACGACGUGUUGGAGAUACUUAUCAAAAACGGUGAACUUCCACCAAGCGCCGCACAAGAUCCGGCUACUCCCACGACUCCGAAUCGCCAACUGCAACAGAAUUUGGUUUUUACCGCGCCAGCAGACAGUCCGACUCAGUCAUUGGUUUUCACGGCCGCCAGUCCGAUAAGUCCGAUCAGCCCGAUACCGAUGGAAGUGUCCCAGAGCGGUUGUCCAAGCCCGUCCACGCCGGCUCCGCCGCCACCACCGCCGUUACCGUUAACAACAUUCUCCAUUCAGUUACCCAGUGCACUACAACAAUUACAGCAACAAGAAGAGAUCUCGUCUUUCAGCACGGAUCUUUUAUCUUCUGAGGCCGAGUUGGACGCCACGAUGUUGCUCAGUCCUGAAUCGGCGCAACAAGCGUCUCCCGAUCCUCAGCCACCACAAGAAGUGACAUCUUCAGACAAUGCAAAUUUAGAUCUCAAAGAAUUAGGAUUGGAUUUGGAAACGUUAGAUCCGAUGGAUUUCGGCCAACUGGAGUGUGAUGUGCCAAUGGACAUGGACGAUCCUGAUUGGCUGGAUUCUUUAAUGCCGCAAUCGCCACAAGCUUCUACGAUUUCCACAACGCUGUCGUCAACUAAUCAUCACCCUAGCACACCAUCGAUUAGUCUUUCGUCCACCACGGAUAUUUAUGACCCGUUAUUGAGUAGCAGUCAAUACUCAUUCGAUCUCUUUAACAUAGAAGAUUCGGACUUCAAGAUGUCAUCCGAAUUAUCUCCAAUGAACUGGGAUAAGGUGGACUUUGCGACCUAGCCUCAAUUAUUCUCUUGCAAUCCGGCGUUGUGUACUUAAUUAUCGGCAAGUAAAACAAUCAAAUAUUUAAUUCGAGAGAGAGAGAGAGAGAGAGAGAGAGAGAGAGAGA